GAAAAAAAGCCGCCGCCGCCGCUGCUAUUGCUGAUGGCCGAUUUCAAGCACUGGAAAGAGCAGCGGCUGUCGCGCGCAGAUGCGAGCCGGAAGGGCAGCGUAGACGAGCCUAUCGAGGAGAUCGUCCGGCUCUUGAAUGCCCGCGAGACUUUCUGCACCACCAGCUCGUGCUCGGGGCGCGUGGUGGUUCUGGAACAGCCCCCGGCCGCCCCCCCGGCUGCGGGUGCUGCUGGCUUUGAAAUACAGAAGCAAAGCUGUACUUGGCUUAUGGUGACCCACCAAUUAUGUAGUACAAAAGAUGUGCUUACCUCCUUGCAGAAAGCUGCAGCUGAUGCCAUCUUCAAAUUUGAACCAUUUGUUCUCCAUGUGCAAUGUCAAGACCUGGAAGAUGCACAACUUCUGCACACCGUGGCUAUAGAAGCUGGGUUCAGAAAUUCUGGUAUAACCGUUAGCCGGAAAGGAAAAAUUAUGAUGGCUGUCCGAAGUACCCAUUGUUUAGAAGUUCCAUUAACUCAGAAAGGAAGACUAAUGGUCAGUGAAGAAUAUGCUGACUUUGUAGUUCAAGUUGCGAAUCGGAAGAUGAAAGAAAAUUGGAAGAGAAUUAACAGAUUUUACAGCUCUUUGAAAUUUGCACUAGAAAACAAGGAUCACUCCAGGAGUUCUUCCUCAGAAGAGAAAGAAAAAGGAAAUGACGUGGAUUCGUGUGGAAGAAAAAAAUCUGAAGCAGCCAAUAAGGAUGGCGGAAGCUGUUUUUCAGAGCAAAAUAAAAAUUUAGAAAGUGAAGAUGAUAGUCAAAGUAAUGCUAGUAUUUUUCACUAAGUUGUACUAUAGAAUUGUGUGAAGUAGUCCUACAUACCCAUUACGUUUGUAUAAUGUAGUUUUUUUUUUCUUUGCUCUUUAUAAGAGCUUAGUAGAUUAGAACAGGGGUGGGCAUUUAUGGCCCUUUACAACUUGUGGCCUCCAACUUCCAGAAUUCCUGAGUCAACAUGGCUGGCUCAGGAAUUCUGGGAGUUGAAGUCCACAGAUUAUAAAGGAGCCAUAAUUGCAUAUUUCUGCUCUAGAAACUAACAUGUUGUUUAUACGGUUUACUUAGGUUAUUAGCAAGGUUUUAACUGCCAUAUAAUAUAAGUGAACUUCAAAAUUGUUAUGGACAGUUUUUGGACCUGGAGUGUGCCUUCCCUAUUUUAGCUCAUGAGAUGUGUAGAUACCCCUAGGAGAAAGUGAUUUUUAUUUUUUUACACAUUAAAAAUGUGCAAUAUCACAAACUUGUACCUAAGACGUGGCCACAAUAAACACUGUUUUGCUCUGCG